GUUCAGUUGAGCUGAGCUGAGUUAGCGCUCCGGUUAUCACAGAGCUGCUGCAGUGAUGUGGGUCGCGGUCGGUCUUGUUGUCGUGCUGUUGGUCGUGUUGCUCUUCAAAUAUGUGUUCGGCUCAUCCGGACCGAGUCCUUUUGACUUCGACUCCCGCGAACCGCUGAAGCCGAUGGUGCUGGAUAAGAAGGAGAAGAACAAAGUGCUGAAACAAGGCUUUCUUACCAGCAAAGUCCCUCAAAACCUUGAUGCCAUUGUGAUUGGCAGUGGCGUCGGUGGACUCGGUAUCGCAGUUUUACUAGCGAAGGUUGGAAAGAAGGUUCUGGUACUUGAACAGCACGACCGGGCUGGAGGAUGCUGCCACACCUUCACAGAGAAAGGCUUCGAGUUUGAUGUUGGUAUCCACUACAUUGGUGACCUGGUGGAAAAUACACCGAUUCGGUGUAUAUCAGAUCAACUGACCAAUGGACAGCUACAGUGGGAGCCACUAGACAACCCUUUUGAUCAUGUGGUCCUGGGGCCCCCAGAGAACCGCCGCAUCUACCCCAUCUACAGUGGCAAAAAGCGCUAUGCUCAGGAGCUGAAGAAGUGCUUCCCAGGAGAGGAGAAGGCUAUUGAUGAGUUUAUAAGACUGACUAAGAAAUGUGGUCAAGAUGUUUGGAUGAUGGCUGUGUUGAAGCUCAUGCCCUCUCUGAUUGCUAAGUUCCUGGUCUACUCAGGGCUGAUCAGUCGUCUGUCGUAUUUCUUCCGUUAUGGCCCCCGUAGCCUGACUGAGGUGGUGAACGGCCUCACUCAGAAUAAAGACCUCAGGGCUGUGUUCUGCUACAUCUUUGGCACGUAUGGAAACAUACCAAAAGAAGCCAGUUUUUCCAUGCAUAGUCUGCUUUUGUGCCACUAUAUGCCUGGUGCCUGGUACCCGAAGGGAGGAGCGAGUGAGAUUGCCUUCCACAUGAUUCCCAUCAUAGAGAAGGCAGGAGGAGCCGUCCUCGUCAGAGCACCUGUCAACCGCAUCCUCCUCAACGAUGCCAAGGAGGCUAUAGGUGUGAGUGUUAUGAAGGGACACGAGGAGGUACAUGUGCACGCUCCCAUCGUCAUCUCAGAUGCCGGAAUCUUCAACACCUACCAGCAUCUCCUGCCCAAAGAGGUGCAGGCCAUGCCAGCGAUCCAGAAGCAGCUGAGUUUUGUGAAGCAUGGAGAGGGCGGACUCAGUGUCUUUCUGGGUCUGGAAGGGACAAAAGAGGAGUUGGGUCUUGAAGCCAAAAACUACUGGGUCUUCACUGAGAACAACCUGGAUGAGCGGAUGGAGGGCUACAGGAAAGAAGAGAGGGAGGAAGCUAUAAAGAGUGUACCUCUGAUUUUUAUUGCCUCGCCAUCUGCCAAAGACCCCACCUGGGAGCAGAGAAAGCCAGGUAAAUCCACUCUGAGUCUGGUGAGUUUUGCACCCUACUCGUGGUUCGAGGAAUGGAAAGAUGACAAGGUGAAAAACAGGGGGGCCGACUAUAAGGAACUAAAAGAGACCCUCCUCAACUCUGUAUUAGAAGUGGUGUAUCAGGUGUUCCCCAAGAUCAAGGAUAGGAUAGAGUACAUGGAUGUAGGCACUCCCAUCACUAACCAGCACUACAUAGCGGCUCCUAAAGGGGAGAUCUAUGGAGCUGACCACGGCACUGCCCGCUUCAGUGCAGAAUUUUGCAUCUCUGUGAGACCACAAACCCCCAUCAAAAAUCUUUACCUCACAGGCCAAGAUGUGUUUUCGUGCGGCUAUGCUGGUGCACUGGCUGGUGCUAUGGUGUGUGGCUCUGUGAUUCUUAACCGCAACCUUUAUGUGGACGUCUUGGCUCUCUGCAAGAAACUCAAAGAAGCCAACAAGAAAGCCGAGUAACCACAGCAACACUCCUUCAGUCCUGGCUGAGCACUGUAACAGUGGAAAGAAGCAUUCGAACCCAGCUGAACCACAUCCAUGUCGUCUUCAUAUGAAGAAACCCCUGCCCUGUUGACCCCACUGCUUUAUUCUUCCAUCUCUACUAAACAUUUCCACUGGAACUUGCUCACUAAAUAAUGCCUUCAUAUUGACUUUAUCCCCCUUUGUAACUCUUAAAAGGGAACAAAUUUAGUGAAUUUUACUGAACAUAUUUUUUAUGCAAUAUCAUUACAUAUGAUAUGCAGUCAUAUGCAAAAGUACACAUUAUUUACAGAGAACACAUGGAUACACUGUUUAAUGUACAGUUACACAAUUGUACAAUUAAACUGUUUGUUGAAUGUAACAUGGGGAGGACAUCAUGUGAAAGUUAUGGCACAUUUUAUGUCCAGUAUGUUAAACCCAUACAAAUUACACAUAAAUAUACAGUGUGUACAUUGUUCUCUGUAGAGGAUGCGUUAACUGUUUUCAUUUAGAAAAUGAACAAAACGUAUUUUGACUGGGGGCGUUCAAACUUGCAUAUGACUCUGUAUGUGCCUCUAUUACACACGCAGUAGUAUGUAAUGUGCAUAAUUUAAUUGCAGAUAUUUUUAACCCUUUUACAAGCUUUACCAGUUUUCAGCCUUUUUUGUGUUUUAGAGAGAAGCAUUUUUUUUCCCCUUAAUGAGCUUUACAGUAGUACGUCUCUACGCCUAGUUUACAUUCUGUAUUAUCAGUGUUUCUGAAUGCUUUAGUUUUCCUCGUAAUCGAGUUGGCUGCCUUUGGGGAUCUCCCCAAAAUAUAGUCUGAAAAAAAUGAAUUAGCUUUUAUCUGCUAAUAAAUAUUUAAUAUCUUCAAAUUGAAUGUCUGUUUAGUAACACCAAUCACUUGAACCCAGCUCUUAGUUUUUGCAGUCAUACAGUUGGUGUUUGGACUUGAUUUUCAAAAGGUUUGUUUGAUUGACAGGAAUUGUUGUCUAAACAAAUGGAAUCUGAGAUUUUUAAGCAUUUUCUUUUUCAGAUUUUAAACAUUUCUAUUAAUGUGCUAAAUUGAGCACAACAGUAAAAAGAGGGAAAUGGACAUGAAAUAUAAAUCUGCUGUGAGGAUUAACAGCAUAAGUAGUUCUGAGUGUUGCUGGUCAUCAGUAGUUACUGAUUCUUUAUGCUGCAGUUACAUAGGACUGAUGUGCCUUAUGGUUGUUUAUUUUAAAGACGAAAUAAUUGUUGAAAUGUUUCUCUAAAAGAAAUAGCACAUCAGGCAUUAAUUUUUAAUAAUCAGUUUACGUGAUUAAAUGUUUGAACUGUGGAUUUUGCUGAAAGAAAAUGUAUUUUAUUACCUUUUUGAGGCAUUAAAAAACCUAAUUGAGGGAAAUUUCAGCUCCUGUGAUCUGAUGCCUAUUUUUUAAAGAAGCCAGCCUAACACUACAAUUGUCUACUUUCUGGUGUAUUGUUUGCUAUGUUUACUAAAAGUAUGUAUGUAAAUGUUUGCACUGACAUGGUCCUGUACUGUAUCUUACAGUUCUGACUAUACAAAGCUGCUUUAAAACGCUGAAAUGGUUAUAAUAUCCUGUCGCAAUAAAGAUAGAAAACAA